AAUAAGGAUGAAUUAUCAAACCAAGUGACAUUCUUGAUCUGUAAAGGGGAUAAAUGUACACAAAUUAAAAACCUGUUUUUAUGCGAUUUUCAGAUUAGACUUCUAAAACAACCUGCUAAGAACAAACAAAAAAAGUGAAUAAAAUGUAUCGUAGCCUACGCGCAAAACUGAAAAAUCCCAUAUUACGUUAUGCAUAAAUAUGCACAUUUUGUUGUGGCGUUGCUAAAAAUGAAGACUAAAUGGGCGCGUACGUAAGUAAAAUAAAUAGUUUUUUUUAUUUAAAAAUCAAAGCACAUUAACGUCACAACGCAUAAAGCCUCACAAGAGCGGAGAACAGUCCUUAGAAAUAACAACAAUAGACGCUUCUCGGGUGACGGCGAUUCACGAAAGCGGUUUAGGAGAAUUCCGAAGCAGCGCUGCGCGGAGAAGCGCCUCCCUCUACGCUCUUGUCGUACACGCCGCUGAUCGGAGGCCGAGCCGAGUCGUCUGCUGGAAGGAUCAAACCCAAAACAGGCUUGUACUUCUACCUUGCCGUUCGCGAACCGGGGCCGCUUUUAAAAGGACUUCACCCUUAAAGACACCAGCUCACCAUGGAGAACCAGAAGUGGUAGGGUCUUCGUGACUUGAGGUGUGGGAGCGAGGCUGCUCCUGAAUCCCCCGGUGCCCCCGCCCUCCUGGACGGCCCCGAAAUGACCACAGGGGAGUGCUGCCACCUCCCAGUCCUGUGCGACUGCACUGGCAACGCUGCCCUGUCCAAAACCGUGGAGGAGGCCGACAACCGCCCCCAGUAUGUCACGCAGGUCACGGCCAAAGAUGGACGCCUGCUAUCUACUGUUAUCAAAGCCCUGGGCACUCAGAGCGAUCGGCCGAUUUGUCGGAUCUGCCACGAGGGUCAAGACGUGUGCAAUAGCGAGGGGCUUCUCUCCCCGUGCGACUGCACCGGCACGCUGGGCACGGUCCACAAGAGCUGCCUGGAGAAGUGGCUGUCCUCGUCUAACACCAGCUACUGUGAGCUGUGCCACACCGAGUUUACCAUCGAGCGCCGGCCCCGGCCCCUCACAGAGGUAACAAAGUGGCUCAGACCCGGUCCCAGGAAUGAGAAGCGCACCCUCUUCUGUGACAUGGUGUGCUUCCUGUUUAUAACCCCCCUGGCGGCCAUCUCAGGCUGGCUGUGUCUACGGGGAGCACAGGACCACCUGCACUUCAACAGUCGCCUGGAGGCCGUCGGCCUCAUCGCUCUGACCAUCGCGCUUUUCACCAUCUACGUCCUCUGGACACUGGUCUCGUUCCGCUACCACUGUCAGCUGUACUCGGAGUGGAGACGAACCAAUCAGAAGGUCCGCUUGCUCAUUCCCGACACCAAGGGUGCACACUCCACCCAGCAUUCCUUGCUUUCCACGAAGCUGCUGAAAAAGACAGCAGACGAGACCAUAGUAUGAGAGACGUGGUGCGGGGGGGAGCGGGGCCCGAUGGCGGUGGUAUUAGUGUGCUACAGGUUCUUGACACGGCGUCGUCGACUAGAGCCGCGGCAUUUUUGGAUGCAUUCUUUUCUAUUUAAUCCUUUUUAUCUAAAUAUGUGAGCACUUCAUUUAUUUAAUUUUUUUUUCACGAGUCUCUUUUAAUGUUUUUUUGGAGCCUUUAUAAGUGUGUUGUUUUUUAUUUAUUCGGGGGCUUGAACAGCCAGGCUGAGGCCCCGUGCUGUUCAGUAUGCAUUGUAUUUGAAACAAUCGGAAACCUAACUUAUGUGUGUAGACGAUUCCUUUGAGCGCAGCGGCGAGGGAUUACGACUCGAGUACAUACGGCUGCUGAAGCUUAAAACCAAACCUUUCUUUCGUUUUUCGAUGUAUCGUUUUUCUACUCAUCUACCUUCGAGUACUUUCCAUCUUAAUCCGACGGAGUCAUGCCUAAGCGAACGUGGUCCUCGUGGCUCCUGUACGAUUUAGUCAAGAUAUAAAUACAGAAAUAUACACACACACACACUAAGCGAACAAGUAAGCUCUAAGCUCUGUAUUACAGGGCCGUUUGCCCGGGCAAUGAAUGUGGAGGCUGAUGUAUAUCCGCGAGAGCGAGUGCAAUAAAACCCCGCCGUCGGCAUGACUCUGCUGUGAACACGCGCAGGUUUUCAUGCAUGCCUAUUUCAUUUCGCAAAUCUCAUCAGAUCGGUGACCGUUCGUGGGUUUCGAUUUCGCGCACAGAUCAAAGGCUAUCUGUCCCCGAACCGAGCGGCCUCCGAACAACGUUAAAUAGCAUGCGGUGGUUUUAAAGUCGUAGCACUUUCUGACAACGUAGCCUAGAUGUGAGCCGAACAAAUGUAGAUACGUGUACGCUUUUGGGAUGCAAAUACGUGGCGACUUUAUAUGUUGUUGUCGAGUCGUGAUAAGCGCAGAUGCAAACAGACCUCUACAGUUCAUUGUUGAAUCAUUUUCGAAAUAAUUUUUUUUUUUAGGUGAGUGUUUAAAGAUGAAUGUGUAUGCGUGUUUACAGUAUGCGUUUUGUGAGCUCCGGCUCUUUGUGCUGUUUAGUUACAGCAUCAAAUGCCCGAGGUUGAGGAUGGCGUGCUUGGGAUCUUGUAGCAGUUUACUUUUGUGGAAGAUGCAGGUCAGGCCGCGGUAGGAAGAAGCAGUUGCGAAGCGGUUUGCCAGACCAGUAACGAAACCGUCGUCCGUGAACGACACUACAGUGUUUAAACAAAGCCGUCUUUUAGCUGUGUGUCGAAUUGGUGCGAGAUGAUUCUGCAGAACGCCAACCAUCAGAUUUUUUUCGUUGCAAUGGGAUAGGCAGUGUUUGCACAUUUUCCACACUUAAUGCGGACCCUUUCGCGCCUUAUGCGCUCGACGUGGAAGAUCUGGGUCUAGAAAAUGCGCGGGAAAGUUCUCUGAGGGAAUUGUUCACACGUAGAUGAAAAUCUCGUUAUUCGCUCGCCCUAAUGUCACUUCAAACUGUUAAUCGCGAAACAACUUUGGCGAAUCAUUUCUAGAAUGCGCGCGAUGCAAAUUUACGUCGACGCUGUCAGGUUUCAAGAUCGCAAUUAAAAGGUUCGUAGGAAACAUGCGCCCCUUUCAGUCCAUACCAGAGUUUUGCGCGAUAACCAGAAAGAAAUAAAAGUGGCAACCUUCUGCAGAUCUUUAAAAUGCAUAGAUUUCAGUUGAUCUGCCACUUAUAGCUUUUGUUUUUGACACUUUUUUUUACAAUUUUUUUUUCGUCUUUCAGUUCUUGACGGAAGCUCGGUUCUAACAUUCGAUAAAAUUUCACAAUUCUGCUUUCUAAACAACACCAGUGCUUAGUACUUUUCUCGGUUCAGUUUCUGAUUAUUUUGAAUUGUCUGGUAUUUUAAAAAAUCCUGGCUUUUGUCUCACAAUCCUAUUCUGGGAAGAAACGUCUGACUUGGGAGGCGUUAACUCUAGUUACGUGAAAGUUACGUGAGAAACUCUAGUUACGUGAAAAAAAGCGACUGUAGGCUAAGAAUUCAGGAAAUAGUCGAAAUCGUGAGAUAUGAACUUGUCAUUGUUAGAAAUAAGUCAGAAUUGUUAGAUUUGGUUUUAACAGCAUGUGAGUUUGGAAUAACAUGAGGGAGGGGGGGGGUGAAUAUUGACAGAAAAUUAUUUUUGGCCGAACUGUUCUUUUAAGGCUAAUGAAACGAGCUACCUAAGGUCCUUGGAUUCUUUAUUGUAAAUUCUGCUGCGUCUCAAUUGUAAAUGUGUAGAUAAACUGAUGUCUCUGUUGUAAGAAGUGUCAUGUGCUGUAGGUCCAGGGUUCUGCACGCGCGUGUGUGUGUGCGUGCGCGCGCGUGUGUGUGUGUGUGUGUGUGUGUGUGCGCGCGCGUGUGUACGUACGUACGUGUGUGUGUGUGUGUGGAGCGGACAGGCCCACGAAUGUCUGGAUUAUUUGCCGACCACUUGUUUUAAAGGACGCAGCUGAUCGGCUUGCGCUUAAACGCUUGUAGUUCGCGCCCAAACAAGCGAGUUUGAAACCAAAAGGUGCUUCUGUAGUCGGAUAUUCAAACAUGCAAAAGGUUUUUCCCUCAAAUUCAUCCCGCCUCCCGUCAGCCGAUUUCACAUUGGACGACGGGAAGGAAAAAAAAAAAAAGGUUUCCUCUCUAAAUGGAUCCUUUAUUUAAAGGGGAGAAAAUUGUGCAAUAGAUACACUAUACACGAUGGCAUUAUUUGUUAAUAAUAAUUAUUUUGAUAUUUUUGUAAAGUUUUAGGAAUAAUCCAUCAUCAUAAUAAUCGUCUUUCCCAUUGCUCAGUGUUUUUCUGGAAAGAGGUUGCCCAUUUUUACCAUCGUUAUUUCAAACUAGUGGUGUCGGAUCACCAAUGACGGGCAACUUCACCAGCUUAAUGCUAACUUGAGGAAUGCUGUCUCGUUGUUGUGCUUCCACCUGCUUUCUUCACUUUUUGGGCCAUUCCUUGGUUAUUUUGCAAUGUAGGGUAAAUACAUCGAGAGUGCAAUUUAAAAAAAAAUAAAAAUACUACAAUGCAAUUCUUACCUAUAACCUUAACAAUACAUGUAUGAUAUAUACAUAGACGUAGAUGUUGUUGCAUAUGAAGGACUUCAGAGAGACGAUGUUGAACUCAUGAUUUUAUUGUUUAUUUUGUGUUUUUAACUUGCAGUGGAUGCCAACGAGCUGGCCACAAUAUGCAACACUGCAAGAGCAGUUCAGCGGCUCGAAUGAUGAUGUUAAUAAAAACCGAAACCUCUCUGUUCCUCCAGUGCAUGCUUUCUUAUUUAAAUACAACGGCACUUUCACUAAUUUAAUAAUGGAAAACAUCCGUCGUAAAUUUCCGAGGAGGAGGGGGUUGACUUUUGUUUGCAGUUUCAGAAAAGAAAGCAUUUCCAAAUCCGUACGCGCGUUCACACAGUGAUUCAGUUGAACUCUCUCUCAUUUUGCCAGUGUGUGUUUUUUAAUGUAUCCAUGCGUAUUAUUUUGCUUCUGUUUUCAUUUAUCCACCGAGCACAGGAUUUUGAUCACUCUGAACUUUUGAAAUACUACGAUGUUUAUGUUGUGCAGUGGCUAAGAGAAAGAUGUCUGUAAUGUCCUCACCAAAAUAUGUUGGUGCUUGAAAUCAGCCAAGAAAAGUGUGCAAAGCAAAUUAAAAACGAUGCUCUGGA